CGGUUUUCUAAAGCCAUAACUCUCCUUCUGGAUUUCAUCGACUGUUCAUCUCUCUCAUAAUCUUUCUCUCUCUAAGACUGCCGGAAACCGCUCGGUUGUCAGUUGUCACCGGUGAGCCGCUUUAUUGUCCGUAUUGACUUCCGGAGUUCUUUCCGGAGGAGUCGUCCUUAAUUAGUGGGCUUACAGAAACGGAGACGGACGGACUAUUCUCUGCUAUCAUUGUGCGGUUCUCUGCGGUUAAGAAGUUUAACCGGUUAAUUCUUCCGAUCUCUUCGUCCGGUGGCUGUUUUGAGGGAAUGUACCGGAGAAAACGACUGAGAUCGUGAUCUAGGGUUGAGAUUUGUUGUUGCUGCGUUUGUUAUGUUUCUUUCCCUCUUCUUCCAUCUCGAUUGUAUGGUUUGGUGAAGUACGAGAAGACGGAGGGUUUCGGCGAUAAACUUUGGAAUGAGAUGGGGGAAGGGAGGGUUUGUUUCUCCAGAGAAGCCAAGUUGGAAUUUUUGAAGCAGAAGAGGCUUCAACGAAUGCAAACAGGCACAUUUAAUAAUGAAACUGCAUAUGUGACUAAUCUGAUGUCUAGAAGCAGUGGUGAUGCCUUAAGAGAUCCCGCAUCCUGUGGUGUAAGAUCAUUCAGAAAUCCAGAUAUAUUUUCAAAAUCUGGUAGUGGUCUGAAUGAGAGAGACACCAUGUCAAAGCAAAAGAUUGACAAGUUUGACACAACUGAUCUUGUUUGGACUGAUAGCAUGCCAGAAUGUCCAGUAUAUUUCCCAAGUAAAGAAGAGUUCGAGGACCCUUUGGCUUUUCUCCAAAAAAUUGCCCCUGAAGCUUCAAAAUAUGGUAUAUGCAAGAUUGUUUCCCCUUUGAGUGCCUCUGUUCCAGCUGGCAUGGUUUUGAUGAAAGAGAAAGCUGGUUUUAGGUUUACUACAAGGGUGCAACCUCUUCGUCUUGCUGAGUGGAAUACUGAUGAUAAAGUCACAUUUUUCUUGAGUGGAAGAAACUAUACAUUCCGUGAUUUUGAGAAAAUGGCGAACAAGGUUUUUACACGUAGAUAUUACAGUGCUGGAUGUCUUCCAACUACAUAUUUAGAAAAAGAAUUUUGGCAAGAAAUAGCUUCUGGAAAAACCGAAAGUGUUGAGUAUGCAUGUGAUGUUGAUGGAAGUGCCUUUUCAUCUUCUCCCUCUGAUCAACUCGGAAACAGCAAAUGGAAUUUGAAGAAAGUUGCUCGAUUGUCUAGAUCCAUCUUGCGUCUUCUAGAAACAACAAUUCCGGGGGUUACUGAACCAAUGUUGUACAUAGGUAUGCUAUUCAGUAUGUUUGCUUGGCAUGUAGAAGAUCAUUACUUAUACAGCAUUAAUUACCAUCAUUGUGGAGCUGCAAAAACAUGGUACGGUGUACCCGGUCAUGCAGCAGUAGACUUUGAAAAAAUCGUUCGUGAAAAGGUGUACACUCAUGACAUUUUAUCAAAUGAAGGAGAAGAUGGUGCUUUUGAUGUUCUUUUAGGAAAAACAACCUUGUUUCCUCCUAAUAUUUUGUCACAACAUGGUGUUCCAGUUUACAAAGCUGUUCAAAAGCCCGGUGAAUACGUCAUCACCUUCCCCCGUGCAUAUCACGCAGGAUUCAGUCAUGGUUUUAAUUGUGGUGAGGCUGUGAAUUUUGCAAUCGGUGAUUGGUUCCAGUUGGGGUCGAUAGCAAGCCGUCGUUACGCUCUUCUUAAUCGUACACCUCUCCUUCCUCAUGAAGAACUUUUAUGCAAAGAAGCCAUGCUUAUUUCAUCAUCAUCAUCUAUAAGCCAUGAAGAUUUAGCAUCUCAACUUAGUGUUAAGGCCUCGUUUGUGAAUCUAAUACGCUUCCAACAUCGCGCACGUUGGUGUCUAACCAAAUCCAGGGACUGUAUGGGAAUUUCACAACAUUCUCAUGGAACCAUCCUUUGCAGUGUUUGUAAACGUGACUGUUAUGUUGCGUAUAUCAACUGCAGCUGCUAUUUACACCCCGUCUGCCUUCGUCAUGAGUUUAAGCCGCUUGAGUUGGCUUGUGGAACGAACUUUACACUCUCUGUAAGGGACGAAGUGUUGGAAACGGAGAAAGUUUCGAGAAUGUUGGAAGAGGAUAAAGAUAUUGUAAACGAAGCUGAACUUCAAUUCCAAAACGCAAGUGACAAAGUUUUUCUAUCUAAUUUGUAUCGAAUAACUGAAGGCGAUUCAUACAUUCCAUAUUGCAAGAUCGAUUUUGUUCCUCAACCCCCAAUAGAAAGAGAAAGUUUACACGCGGAUAAUACUAAAAGCGCGUGUCAUUACAGUGACAGCAACGACUCUGACUCGGAGAUAUAUAGAUUCAAACGCCGGUCAUCUCUAAAGCCCAAACACAGACCAAUGAAUUUUGCAUCCUCAAAAUCAGAACAUCAGGGGUUAAAGCGGUUGAAGAAGGCAGAGCCUGAAAGAUUGAGUGUGAUCUCCAUCAAGUACAAGAAAACGGGACAUGAACAAAGUGUGAGUGUGGGUAAGCGGAGAGAUGAGAAAAGGGUGUUAGAGAGUUGUCCGAAGCGAAUCAAAGUAAGAGGACCUUCGAUUUCAAUUACAGGUUUAGAAACAAAACAGAUUCAUUAAUUGCCUAACAAAGUAACAACCAAUACAUCAGAGCAGCUGUAGUCAGUUUUAGCUUUUUAUAUGGAAGGAGCAGAGUAAGUAGAAAGAGCAUAUGACAAAAAUUAACAAAAGUUGGUAGUAGAUGAAAACACAAAUUACGAUUCUUUGUGCAGAUGCCGCUUCUAAUUGGGCUGGAUUUGCACUUCUUUUUAGGUUCUGUUAGUGGUUUCUUUUCAUGUACAUUUAUUUUCAUGUUAGCACUCAAUUUGAUCAACGUGGUUAAAAUGGUAAUA